CUUUGGCCUCUUUGAACUACCUCAAAAGACAGAGUCAUGAGAGGAUUCUUUGCCAUCCAGAAAUGAAAGCCAGAGUCCACAAAAAAGGAAUUCAGAGUCAAUAACAAUGACCCAGCAUAACUCUUGGGCUUGACGCCUGCCCUGACCUGUUUUAAACAUAGGACAAUUCCAGGUCACGUGACCCGCCGUCCGACCCUGCCCCAGACAAUAUCGAUUCACUAGGACCUUUGUGAGAUAUCGUUUACUCCAUCUUGAGUUGCCUCUUCUCCAGCAACCCGUCCCAUCUUAAAAACCUAAACCCACCUGAGCCUGACCAGUUUUUGAAAUGUCUGCUGGCCUACUACACGAAUCGAAUCCACAUUACGAGUACCAUAUGGAGGAAGAUUCGGACUAUUACUCUGAGUCGGACUCUGAGUACGAUCUCCUGGCGCAACGGCACUGGGAGGCUAGUAUAGAGCAAAUCACUGAGCUUGUAAGGUUUGUGAUUUUUCCGCUCUUGGGCAAGUUUUUGGGCCGUAAAAGCGCCCAUAUCAUGUGGCGAAGAUUCGCCAACUGGUGGUUUUGAACCAGCACGAUAAUGCACGAAAGAACGAAAGAACGAAAGAACGAAAGCACGAAAGCACGAAAGCACGAAAGCACGAAAGCACGAAAGCACGAAAGCACGAAAGCACGAAAGCACGAAAGCACGAAAGCACGAAAGCACGAAAAGUGAUGAUUGUCGACGCUUCUUGAGUUGUAAAUCUACAGAAAAUGCCGGUUCGGAUCCAAAAGCACGAAUCCCAAGGUUUGAUGUGGGCAUUUUGAUGAAGGUGGUUAUUUGUUGACAAGCGGCCAUGAAGCAAUGCUGGUCUACUACUAGUUUACUCAAUCUAGGCUUUGGCACUAUGGGUCAAGCCCGCGUCACUGAGCAAUAAUGUGGAGUUCCAAGGCGCCAUAUCAUACUUUAUAAUACACUCUAUGUCAUGUCUUGUACUCCUAUACUAUGCACGUUUGUCAUGUCUUGUACUCCCAUACCAUGCAAGUUUGUCAUGUCUUGUACUCCUAUACCAUGCACGUUUAUGUCAC